UGCUCUCCCGCUCUUUUUUUAUUAUUAUUAAAUAAGACUUGAACAAUUUGGUUAACGGUUUGCAGUGAAGAAUGCAGCCUACAGUCGCUUUCCACUUAAUUUAAGAAACAUCCUGCACUGUUCUGUGCCCUUCCUUCUUACAUUUUUUACUUUCCUCCUUGUUCUCCCCUCCUCCCCCCUUCCACCUCACAGCCCCAAUAUCCUCCACCCCCCCUUCCACACUCUGCAAUUUUGAGCCCAGAAUUUCUGAAUCGGGGGCUUAGCUUCGCCGGGAUGAGCCAGAGCAAUGGAUGAAUUCCACCCAUUCAUUGAAGCUCUCCUUCCUCAUGUCCGUGCCUUUUCCUACACAUGGUUCAACCUGCAAGCUCGUAAACGCAAGUACUUUAAGAAGCACGAGAAACGGAUGUCAAAGGAUGAGGAGCGCGCUGUGAAGGACGAAUUACUUGGUGAAAAGCCUGAGAUCAAGCAGAAAUGGGCGUCCCGGCUACUGGCCAAGCUUCGCAAGGACAUCCGCCCGGAGUUUCGCGAGGACUUCGUCUUGACCAUCACGGGCAAGAAAUCACCGUGUUGUGUCCUCUCCAACCCAGAUCAGAAGGGCAAAAUCCGUAGGAUUGACUGCCUGAGGCAGGCUGACAAGGUUUGGAGGCUGGACCUAGUUAUGGUCAUCUUGUUCAAAGGGAUCCCUCUUGAAAGUACUGAUGGGGAGCGGCUAUACAAGUCGCCGCAGUGCUCAAACCCGGGCCUUUGCGUCCAGCCACACCACAUUGGAGUCACAAUUAAAGAACUGGAUCUUUACUUGGCGUAUUUUGUUCACACUCCUGAAUCCGGACAAUCAGACAAUUCAAACCAGCAAGGAGAUGCGGACAUCAAACCACUGCCCAAUGGGCAUUUGACUUUCCAGGACUGUUUUGUGACAUCGGGCGUCUGGAACGUUACAGAGCUGGUGAGAGUAUCACAGACACCUGUUGCCACAGCGUCUGGUCCAAAUUUUUCUCUGGCCGACCUGGAGAGUCCCAGUUACUACAACAUCAAUCAAGUGGCUCUCGGCAGACGGUCUAUAACAUCGCCGCCUUCGAGCAGUUCCACCAAGCGUCCGAAGUCGAUAGAUGACAGCGAGAUGGAGAGCCCGGUAGAUGAUGUGUUCUACCCUGGGACGGGGCGGUCCCCAGCAGCUGGCAGCAGCCAGUCCAGUGGGUGGCCCAACGAUGUGGAUGCAGGACCGGCUUCUUUAAAGAAGUCAGGGAAGCUGGAUUUCUGCAGUGCCCUGUCCUCCCACACCACCUCCCCGAGAAUGGCUUUCACCCACCACCCGCUGCCUGUCCUAGCAGGAGUCAGACCAGGAAGCCCCCGUGCCACAGCGUCGGCCCUGCACUUCCCGUCAACUUCCAUCAUCCAACAGUCCAGCCCCUACUUCACACACCCGACCAUCCGCUACCACCAUCACCACGGCCAGGACUCGCUGAAGGAAUUUGUGCAGUUUGUAUGCUCGGAUGGCUCAGGCCAGGGCUCCGGGCAGCCUAACGGUAGCGGCCAGGGCAAAGUCACGGGGUCAUUUUUGCUGCCGCCACCACCACCCGUGGCCAGACCAGUGCCCCUUCCAAUGCCUGAUACAAAAUCCACCAGCACUAACCCAGAGGGCGGAGCACCGACACCAGCGUCACCCUCAUUCUCAGCGCCAGGCUCCUCCUCCUCUGCCAACCGGUUUGUCGGCAUCGGACCCCGGGACGGCAACUUUCUAAACAUCCCCCAGCAAUCUCAGUCUUGGUUCCUCUGACGGGAUCUUCAAGCGAAGAAAAAUAAUAAUGAUGAUGAUGAUGAUGAUGAUGAUAAUGAUGAUAAUAGUUUUUCACCAAGCCCUGAGAAUCAGAAUCUUCAGUCCUUAGCCCAUAUCUUCACUGAGCUGCUCCUCUUCAAGGAAAAGUAAGAGACGUUGGGUAACACUACAGAUGAGAAGCUUAAAAAAAUUCACGUUGGACCUCCCCGAUCCAAAGCAGAUUUUGCAUUUGCGUAAAAGAGUCUUGUCUUCUGCAAGGAAUCCCAUCAACACCUACAGAAGUCACGUAACCCUCUGUUACAUUGAUAUGUAGGAUAGCUCUGGACAGGCCAUUCAAGCAAUGGUUAAAAACAAAACAAAAGUGUUUUCUCUUCAUCACGGGGAAGGAAUAGCGUUCACAUCAACCAGCCUCAAACCUCAAAACUGCACCAAGGUUUGCUAGGGAUUAUGUUUGUUGGGGAAUUAUAAAGGAGGUUGUUUCCUACAGUCUUCCUUGCUUACCGGCCUGAUUCAAAGGAGGUUUCUGAUCAUACUAGAAGAAGCUAGGAGCACUUCCCCAGUUGGGGCUUGAAGAAAGUUGUGCUUUGUUCUAGGUCAGUAGUUUGCCUUUUAAAAACUCCUGCAAAAUAUGAUACGGGCUGCAGACAUUUGUCCUAAAUUCCUAAAUAUAUUUUAGAAAGACAAUCCAGUGCAUUGCUCUGGUUCAGAAUUGGAAAUGGUUUUGGUUAGAGAAUGUCUAGGACCAUAAUACCUGGCCUUCACAACACAAGGUUCUCCCACCAAACAUAAAUUCCCUGUGCAGUUUCCUUGUUAACUGAAUUAAUAUUGCAUUCUCAUUAGUUAAAAAAGCAAAAGCAGAAAUGCUCCUGACUACCUGAUGCCCGGACAAAAUUCUAUUCAAGAGCAAGGGAUAGUCUCUCUCUCGUACAUAUCCUACAUAAGCACAAACACACACUCAGCUGGCAUCUUAUCCCUUCUCUCCUCAUCUUGGUGCCUGCUGCUUGCUCUGGUUGAACUUUUCCUGCCUCUCAGAAAUGACAAAUAUUAGAACAUCAGGGUUAAUGCGGAAAUCACUUCCAGUCUCAUACGCCACAAAUUGGGAUUCUUUCAAUAAACAAGAGAGGCAGGCAUUCGUAGGUUCAUGAGACCAAAACAGAUAGGACUGGAAAGUUUUGUUAAGUAUUUCUGUUAGGAAAGAGAACUCUUGCCUCCAUUGAAAAUGGGCAAUUGUUUAGGAGACCGAUUGGAGAGCUGUUUAAAACGUUUUAAAUGAACAAAGCCAAGAGGCUACACUGCAGUUAUUAAUCCAGACAGAUUUCGGGUAGCUGGCUCAGUCAGGCACAUUUCUGCAGAGUGCCCAGCCUGGUCUGGACAGGGCGGUUGCAUCCCUUUCCCGUUAGCUCCAGCGUUUUCUUUUUGAGGUUUUGGGUGUCUGUUGGUUUGAUGCUCUUCCUGAUCUUUUAUCUCCACUUUGUUCUUUUCUUCCUUUUAGUUGUAGUAUUUUCUUUGGCUUCCUCUACAUACAGGUGACAACAGCAACAGAAUUAAAUGCAGGGUUUUUGUUGUUGUUGUUCAGACUAACAGAAAACGAAACCCUUGAAGCGUAAUACACAUGAACAUUCUCAGCAAACGUCAGCGCAACAAAAUGAAUUAUAUAGAAUUAGAGGUAGUGGAGGCUGCCUGACUGGUAGAUGUGAGGGUUUGACAUUGACAUCUAUACACUCACGCAUGCACCAGAGUUGAUCACACAGCUCCACGCACUUACCUCUUUCCUUUUCUCAGACUACAACAAAAAAGUGAGGAGAACACAUGUCCCUCUCUGUCUUGCACCCAUGAAAAGAUGGUUAUUUAUUUUUCCGAAGGUCUGUGAAAGACACCUUUCUCUUUCUCCUUACCCCAUGCUGAUAUUUGGGGAUAGGAGCUUUGCCAAAUUCUUUGGGAUUCACCUCCAACCCUCCAUCCCAUCUUUCCUGUUAAUUGUGUCCACCUCUUCCAGAGGGGUCACUGGUUGUUACCAGGCAACGCCGCACGGAAUACUUAGGAUAGGAUAAGACAAGGUUCUAUACUAGGAUAGGGAUGGAGGUAUGGGUUAUGGAUUGUCUGAUUUGGAAUGGGCCAGGAGGAUGCUGCAGGGAAUGGGUUACCGUGCAAUCUGUCCAGGGCAAUUGCAUUUGAGCUCUUGGUUUGUAAGGUUAGGAGUUGCCUCCCAAAUGAUUUAGUGGGAAAACCAGUUGAUCUAGAGAACCUCCUGAAGCCCCCUGCUACCUGCCACAGUGAUCCCCAGCUGAUGCAUGAGGCAUCUGCAAGGACUUCUGGAGCAGACAUAGCCCAGGAGCUGCUGGUGAGACCAGGAAUCUGCACCCCUGUCCAAGUGCAAUGAUUUUCCAGUUCCAAAUGGAGAAACAGGGUCAAGGAAGGGAAUCCUGAGGGCUGCAGUUCUGCCUCUCCCAUCCAGCAGCAGUAGGCUCCCCUGCCUAUCCUCAACCCACUCGCCGGUUCCAAGUUGUCAGAGGAACAUACUGGAUCCCACAAACACACGACUCAAUGGCGGACACCCUUAUCAAAGGCCUGCUCUUAUGGAGGAGUCACAAAGCCUAACCCUGCACAGCUGCAGGACAGCUGCUGCAUGAAAGGGAGGGGGGGAGGUCUUCUUCUUGAGGAAUAUGGUAAGGGAAUAAGUAGCCUGCAGAAAAUAUGUGCAGAUGUUUUGUUUAGCUGGCACAAUUGGCUGCUACAAAGAUGUGUCCCCUUCCAUCAAUGGCAUGAGCCAGGUCUGCUCCUGCCCAGUAAGAAUGGAGACCUGGAUUUCAUGGGUUCUAGGACGGGUGCUCUGCUGCUUUCAUCAGACCAGAGGCCCUCACCCAGUAUCUUCAGUAUAAUGCAACUCAGAAGUGAAAUGUAACCUGCCAGAGACAAAGCAACUGAGGCUGUAGAAAGACCAUUCUCUUCAAAAGAGGGGCUUGGGAGAGGCAUCAUUCCCCAUGAUGUACACAUACUUUUCUAGUAGCCUCUGCUCAGGCAGGUUUUUAAAACAUUACAAAAAGCUGUUUACCAGAGGCAUAAAUGGUAUCCGUGUACGUACCAUGACCAGUGAUUCCUCUUCCAGCCUGCUUCAGAUUUCGAAGGAAAAACUACUGUCUUUUCUCUAGCUGAGCAUUCAUAAAGACUGAGGGUCGGGUUCAAAUCUGUGACCUGGGCAGCAGCUGGUAUUGGAACACAACCACCCACCCCGUUUUAUGUUGUGAAAGGUUGAAGGGUACCCAGUUUUAAACCCUAGGUUACCAUCUCUUUUUUUAAGAGCACCAAGCCAUGGAAAAAUCCCGCAGCUGUAGCAAUGGGAACUGUUCCUACCUUUGUGAUCUUAAGAAAACAGGCGUCUCCCCCUCCUCCAGUUCAGCCUACUCCUCAUCUCCCCCUUUCUCACAACGUUGCAAGCACCCUUCUUUUGCCGGGUUCCACUGUGGCCUAAAACCUGAGCCUUGGACCUAUGCUGAAGCUGAUUCCAGUCCAGGGCAAGAAGGGCACCCACCGCCUCAGUGGAAAUGCUGUACAGUUUUGGUUUUUAAUUUAGUCAUGAGCAUUUGGAACGUCCCCAAAUUAAGACUGUCCCACCCACCACCCACCCCAGUUCUUAGAAAGUGCAACCAAGCUUCUGUUUCUGCCAGGUUGGGCCAUUUCUGAGCAUAAAACAAGGUGCAAGGAUGAAAAAUAGUCCAAAUGGCGUGAAUCUGUUGCAAAAUAUUAAACACUGAAGGUCACCACUGUAGCAUCUUUUCAUGCUAUAGCAUCUUUUCAGUUCAUAAAUUUGUUCAGUUAUUUAGGGUGACCAUAUUUGGGAAACCAAAAAAGAGGACACCUAGUGUGUGUGUGUGGGGAAGCAGCUUUCUGAGUCCUGCAGAAAGUACGUUAUUCCCCCGCCACCUUAAAGAACCCGAUUGGAGUGGAGGAGGGGAAAGGAUUUCAUUCGGCACCACCACCAUCCACUCCAACUGGGGCCUUUUCUAUAAUGUCCACGAAUUACCCACUUUCCCCUUUCAGAUCUCAAUUGGAGCUUGGGGUGGGGGAAUGACGUGCCUCAAGAAAGCAUGUCACUCCCUCCUGCCAUGCUAAUGGCAGCCUUAAAGAGGAAGGUGUGUCAUUCCAGGACAUUAUUGAAAAUUAUAGAAAAUCCCCCCUGACACCAUGGAAAGAACAAAAACCAGGACAAAUCCGGGGAAAUCCUGACAGUUGGUCACCCUACAGUUAUUACAUUAUUUAAAAGGAAAAAAAUAUCAGUCAAAUAAUCCAAUCUAAUUGCUUUAAGCGUCUAACUUUAAAUGCGCAGCUAUGGGGUGGUGCUGGUGGUAUCUACAGUCAGUAAAAGCUGUAGGGGGCAGAGAUUUGCCAGAGUCCAGAGGCAAGUGACCACAGAUAGACAGCACUUAAAAACUGCUGGGUGGGGUGAGGGAGUAGCGGCUUUCUAUUAUUUUAAUUCUGAAAAAGAAGCUCUGAAUCCUAACAGUGCUUUGAGCAUCUUGGCAUCUGCCAGGGGAUUGAUGGUUGGGUGACAGCAGCACCUGGGUGGAUGGCGUAUGCAGUGCCCUCCACCUGCAUGCUACCUGAUUUGGGUCUUAAAGAAGGGUGAAUGUAAACAUUGAGGAGUAAUCUGGAAGGGGUGCAAUGGAGGACUUCAAAUUUUGGUGACUGGAAGGUAUGGGCAGCAGAAAGAAAGAUACACAGGAAUGUGUAUUUAAAAGGGGAGGGGAUUUUUUAAAAAAAACAAAAUAUAUAUUAGGGGUUUUGAAAGAACCAAUUUUGUUUGCAUUGAGCCAAGUGCAAUGGAGUGCAUAGUUUUAAUAUCUUUGUAUGUUAAAGAUUGUUAAGAAGAAGAGAAAAAAAAUCUAUUUUUGUUGCAAAGUCCUCUGUUCCCAGGGACUCUAAAUAAAUAGGGACAAAAGAAAAACCCAACCUUUGUAAGUAUGGGGAAAAAAACGUUUUUCUGUUUAUUUUUUCAUUUGUUUAUUUUUUUCCUUUUUUCUCGUUUGUUUUUUAAAUCCUUUUUUAAAAGAUUGAUAAUAAUCGGGGUUUGGUUUCCCCCCUCCCCCUUUUCCUCAUUAGUUUUGUCGUUUUAUGGGAGGGCUGAAGGCAAAAGUUUUUCACACGCAAAAAUAAAUUUGUAAAAACA